AUGAGAAUUGAACAGAGAGCUCACCUCGACAGACAGCGAUGGAUCGAGACAGCCGGCAGCAGUGCCAGCAUUGCAGCCCUGCAGCGGGCGGUGCGACAGGGCGGACCUGGCACUCCGUGUGAGGCCGGCCUGCGGUCUGUGUGCUGGAAGAUCUUCCUCCUCUUCCGCGACGCGCUGCCAUCGGACCGGCUGCCGAUGCUGCGGCGGGCCAGGACCGACUACGACGUCCUCGGCGAGCGGUACCUGCAGUACAUCAAGCAUCCCGAGCGGCUGGCCGAGCUCGCCGUUGAUCCGCUGGCCGAUGACCCCGAGUCGCCCUGGGACACGUUCCGGCGCGACGAUGUGGUCCGCGGCGAGAUCCUCCAGGAUGUCCGUCGCCUGCCGGACGAGCCGUUCUACCACCAGGACCACAUCCAAACCCUCAUCCUCGACGUGCUGUUCGUCUGGUGCUGCCACCACCCGCGCGCCGGCGGCUAUCGCCAGGGCAUGCACGAGCUGCUGGCGCCCAUCGUCUACGUGCUCGGCCAGGACGCCGUCGACGUGGCCGCUGCCGAGGCCGAAACGUGUCCCGAAGACGCCUCUAUGAUGGCCAUGCUGGACGUGUGUUAUCUGGCCCACGACGCCUACGCCCUCUUCUCGGCCAUCAUGGACAAGGCCCAGGCCUUUUAUGAAGUCAGCUCCGGUGGAUCUGCCAGACGCAGUAGUAGCAGCAGCAGCAACAGCAACAGCAACAGCAACAGGAGCAGCAGCAGCAGCAGCAAUAAGAACAAGGGCAAGAUCGCCCCCCUCCGAGACGCCCUCUAUGCCUCACCCGUUUCUCUCAGUCCAUCUGCCGGCGUCGUCGAGCAGAGCGCCAUCGUCGAGAUGAGCCGGGCCAUCCACGAGGGCACGCUCAUGAAGAUCGACCCCGAGCUAGCCGUUCACCUCAAGGAAAUUGAGGUCCUGCCGCAGAUCUUCCUCAUUCGCUGGAUCCGCCUGCUGUUCGGGCGCGAGUUCCCCUCUGAUCAGCACCUUGUCCUCUGGGACGGCAUCUUUGCCUUUGACCCCGAUCUGGACCUCGUGCCGCUCAUCUGCGUGGCCAUGCUGCUGCGCAUCCGCUGGGAGCUGCUGGAGGCGGACUAUUCUGUGGCUCUGCCGCUGCUGCUCAAGUAUCCGCCGCCGGGGCCGCCUUACGGGCCGCACACCUUUGUCGACGACGCGCUCUUUCUGCGGGACCACGGCGAUGUUGAGGGCGGUGCCAGCCUGGUGCUCAAGUACACCGGACGGGCGCCAGCGAGACAGCAGCAGCCGCAGCCGCAGCCGACGACGCCGACGACGCCGACGAUGACGACGACGAUGAGCGGGCACUCGAGGGCGUCUUCGGCUCCCGGCACGCGCGUCGCGGCUGGGAGCAGCGGCACGCCGCGGACAUCGACGCCCGGCGCGGGCUUUGCGGCCGGCCUGGACAGCCUGCGGCAGCGGACGCGAAUGGCGGUGCGGUCGCCUCUGCGGGCGCUGAGCCCAGAGGGGGGCCAAGGACAGCCGCUGGCGCCCGGUCGUGAGAGCGUGGGCGCGCUGCUGCACGGUGCGGCCAAGGGGGCCAAGGGCGUGAUGGAGCGCGGCGAGAAGCUGGGCCUUAACCAGGCGGUGCGCGACGCUGUCGGCGAGAUCCGACGGAACAUGAUUCAGGGGCUACAGGAGGCCCGACAGGUGACCAAGGGGGUCGGAGGAAGAGCCGGUGGUGGCGGUGUCAUUGACAAGGGGACAGACCCGACCGGUCAGGUGCUGCAGGUGCUGGCCGAGAUGGAGCGGAUGGAACAGCGGAACCGACAGCUGGCCGUGAUGCUGGACGAGACGGUCGAGUCGCUGCGGUCGCUGGUGACAGGCGAGGCAGGCGAGGCGGGCGAUACAGACGAGACGACCGAGAGCCAGAGACAAAGCCCGUGGCUGGACGUCGUCGAGCUGGCCGCGGCAAAGGUGCAGUUUGUCAAGACGGAGCAGCAGCCGCCACGAGAGACGCUCCCGCCUGCCGCCAUCCCGUCCUCCAUCCCCAGUCGUGCCACGCUGGCCCAGUCGUCCUUUGCCUGGAUGCUCGAGCCCGAGGACACGCCGACCGGCAACAGCAGCGACGGUUCCGCCUCGGCCAGCAGCCCCGACGGCAGCACAUCCAAGAGGCGGGCACCGCGUGCCAGUCCGGUCGGCCGCGGCCGACAUGCCUUUCUGUUUGGCGACGUCGUUGGCGCAUCGCCGCUGGUAGGAGGAGACGUCGGCAGAGACCGAGACACAGACCCGGCCAGCGGCAACGGCAACGGCAACGGCAAUGACAGCUCAACCACAGCAGCCGGCGCACGGAAACGGUCGGCCGGCUCGGCAGACGAGAUCUUUGGGCUGGAACCGCUGCGGCGUGUCGUGCCGUAA